AUGCCCAGAUCUCAGCGUACAGGUGACUUGAUUUACAAUCCAGAAAUCGAAAAAGAAGCAAGGCGUUUGGCGAAGGAAAAGCGAAUUGAACAUGGUCAAACUUCUAAUCCUCACGGGGAUCCAGAGGUUGAAACCGCUUCAUUAAGUGAUAUAGAACCCGAUUCUAGUCCCGACCCUCGCCAAGAAAUUCCCGAAACACCACCCCUACAACAAAAUCCACCCAUUAUUGAACCAAUUGAAAUGGCGGACGGAGGAGAAGUUCCCGAAAGAACUUUGAGUGGCAAACAAGCCGAAGAAAGUAGUUCAAAUAAGAAGCCGAGGGAAGAAGAGGAAGAGAUAGAAGUUAUUCCCAUUGAAGUACCUAUAAUCAAGAAAGAUGCACAAGCCGGAGUUCCAAAGAAGACUGCCCCUCUAGUAACACCAAUAGCCACUCAACCACCAUUCCCCUCCCGACUUGCAACUUCAAAGAAGAAUAUGGAGGAGAAAGGGAUUUUGGACACCUUCCGAAAGGUGGAAGUAAGCAUCCCUCUACUUGAUGCAAUCAAGCAAAUCCCGAGAUAUGCAAAGUUCUUGAAAGAACUUUGUACCAACAAGAGGAAGUUGAAGGGAAAUGAGAAAAUUUUGAUGAAUGAAAACGCAUCCGCGGUUCUACAAAGGAAACUUCCACCCAAAUGCAAAGAUCUCGGAAUGUUCACGGUUCCUUGCAAGAUUGGAGAUGUCACUUUUAGUAGUGCUAUGCUUGAUCUUGGUGCUUCUAUCAAUGUCAUGCCCUAUUCGGUGUAUGAAUCAUUAAAAUGUCGGACCCUUAAGUGA